AUGGUUGAAGGUGACUUUGUUGUGAAUCUCUUGCAGAGAUUCACAACAAAGUCACCUUCAACCAUACCUAUUCAUUUACCUUUAGACAGAGUACGGGACGCUCGAACUUUCGAAGUCACCGGAAUUGACUUGUGUGGUCCCCUUAUUCUUAGGAAAAGGACUAAAGCCUGGGUGGUGCUGUUUACAUGCGCAGUCUACAGAGCAAUACAUUUGGAGAUCGUGACAUCCUUAAGUGCAGAUUGCUGUGCACUCGCGUUGAGAAGAUUCAUCGCUCGACGAGGCCGUCCGACAGUUAUCUAUAGUGACAACGGCACGAACUUUAUCGGUGUCCCUUGUGCAUUGAACCAAAUUGAGUGGCAAAAGAUAGCUGCUCUUGAAACUCUAAAUCCAAUUAACUGGAAAUUCAUUCCCCCAACCGCAGUAUGGUGGGAGAGACUAAUUCGCAUAGUGAAAAAUCGACUUGUUCGAGUUCUUGGUCAGUCGUCUGUUACGUAUAAAGAACUGCUCUGCGACGCAGAAGCCACUGCUAACAACCGCCCGUUAACAUACAUCUCCAACGAUGCAGAUGAGUUGAGGCCUCUAACACCAUCCAACUUUCUCCAAGAUGUAAAAGAGAUUGGAACGGCUGAUCUUGAUCAUCUGGAUAGGAACAAACUGGCAAAGAAAGUCCUUGUUGGUUCUGAAAACCAGAAGAGACUUAAUUGGCCGCUUGCAGUGAUUGAAGAACUGUAUCCAGGGAGAGACGGCCAUGUGAGAGUCGUCAAAGUCAAAACUCCACUUGGUCAUCUCGUUCGUCCAGUCCAAAAAAUUUACCCUCUAGAAGUUAAUUCUUCUCGGGAUCCCAUUAUACCAGAUCAACAUCCUACUAAUGACCCACCAGCAACAUCACAGAAUGACAUUCCAAUUCAGAAGGAUGUUUCAGCAGCUCCUCGGACGUCAAGAACCGACAGAGUAAUCAAGAUACCUAAGAGACUGGGCUAUUGA